CGUGCCACCACAGCACCACUCCGUCCUCACCCCCAGUCCGAUCCGCUAUAAAUCCACCGGCGUCUCAGCUCUCCUCGACGAGGACGAACAACAGUGCAACGAAGAAAUACUCUGCUUUGUGUCAAGGAAUCAAGAACAGAGAAAGGCGAAUCCAUGGCUACGUUCGCGACGUCGUCUCCGGCGGUGAUGUGGUCGGCUCGCCCCGGGCGGCUGGCAGUGGCUCGGCGGUGCGUGGUGGCGCGUGCGUCCGCGACGAUGGCGGCACCGGCCGCGGUGGCCGCAGGGAGGACCCACUACGAGGUGCUCGGGCUGGGCGCCGGGGCCAGCAGGGGCGAGAUCAAGGCCGCGUACCGGCGCCUUGCCAGGGAAGUGCACCCUGACGCCGUCGGAGGUGGCGGUGACGAGGGGUUCAUCCGGCUGCACGCGGCCUACGCCACGCUCGCCGAUCCCGACGAGCGCGCUCGCUACGACCGGGACGUGACCUGCCGCGCCGCGGGGAUGAUGAUGCGGCGGGCGGCUGCGGCCGGGCCGGCGUUCCGGCGGAGGACGUGGGAGACUGACCAGUGCUGGUAGGAUGGGCGGACUCACGCGGCGGCCCUCCGGGACCAUCGGCCGGUCCGAUCAGGGCACGGCGCGUCAUGGAGGCGGCGCCCGCUGGAGAGAAGAUCCCGCCGACUGCCUUGGACCGCCUGAUCAGAAUUGAACGGCUCAGAUCGGGUGUGCGGACGCAGGAGCUCUGUACACGGCAAGAGUCGUUUUUUAAAGAUCUCUUGUGCGUCCGGUCAGCAAAAUGGAAAUAUGUAAAUGAAUUAGUUAUAUAUAUACUGUAAAUUAAAGGCCAAUGAAUAUACUAGUUUUUUAACAAUAA